GGAACUCCAGAUCCUCUUUUCUCUCCUGAUUUUCUGUAUUGCCUUCUUCUAUUUGUUUACUAAACUUAGAAGCUCAAGCAAUGGAAACCUUCCUCCACAACCAUGGAAGCUCCCUUUACUUGGACACUUGCAUCAUCUUGUAGGAGAGCUCCCACAUCGAGCUCUCGGAAACUUAGCCCAAAAACUGGGACCAAUUGUUCAUCUAAAGCUCGGUGAAGUCUCUGUUGUCGUAAUCUCAUCUCCUGUUUUGGCUAAGGAAGUCAUGAAAACCCAUGAUCUUUCUUUUGCAAACAGGCCCAAGCUCCUUAGUGCUGAAAUCGUUGUAUAUAACUAUAAAGACAUCGUUUUUGCACCUUACGGCGAAUACUGGAGACAAAUGCGUAAAAUAUGCACCUUGGAGCUUCUAAGUGCUAAAAAAGUCCGAUCUUUUGAAUCUAUUCGUGAUGAAGAGUCUUGGAAUCUCAUUGAAUCCAUUAGCAAUAAAGGCAAAACUACUUCAUUGCCACCGUACGGGUCAGAAACAAUCAAUCUUAGUGAGAAGAUAUUCUCGAUGAUGAAUGCCAUCGCAGUUAGAAUUUCGAUUGGAAGCAAAUGCAAGGAUCAGGAAAAGCUUCUUGCACUGAUUGGAGAGUUAAUAUUUUUGUCAGGUGGUUUUAAUUUGUCCGAUUUAUUUCCUUCUAUCAGAGUUUUGCCUCUACUUACCGGUAUGAAAUACAAAUUAAAAAAGCUACACCACCAGAUUGAUAAGAUUUUAAACAACAUCAUUUCGGACCAUCAACAACGUAGUGCAGCAACCGGAUUGAAAGACCAGAACGAAGACCUUCUUGAUGUUCUAUUAAGGCUCAAAGAUGAUGAUGGGCUUCAUUUUCCAUUGACUUCUGAUAAUGUUAAAGCAGUCCUGCUGGAUAUGUUUUCGGCGGGAACAGAUCCUUCAUCAGUGACAAUAGAAUGGGCGAUGUUAGAACUAAUGAAAAAUCCAAGGGUAAUGAAGAAAGUACAAGGCGAGCUCAGGCAAGUAGUUAAGGGAAAGAAUAAGAUCUAUGAGUCGGAUAUUCAAGAACUUGACUACCUGAAACUUGUGAUCAAGGAAACCUUAAGGUUGCACCCUCCUCUUCCAUUGUUAGUUCCUAGAGAGAGUCGAGAAAAGUGUGACAUUGGUGGAUACCAUAUACCCGCCAAUACAAAAGUUAUUAUCAAUGCGUGGAAAAUAGGAUGUGAUGCAGAAUGUUGGAUUGAUCCCGAAGGUUUCAAUCCGGAAAGAUUUGGUAAGACUUCGGUUGACUUAUUCGGAACAGAUUUUGAAUUUCUCCCGUUUGGGGCUGGAAGAAGAAUGUGCCCAGGUCUGACUUUGGGGUUAGCCAAUAUCGAGCUUCCUCUUGCCAGGCUACUUUACCACUUCAAUUGGGAACUACCGAGUGGAGUAACACCUAAAGACCUUGAUACAAGUGAAACUUUUGGAAUCACUUUGAAUCUAAAACACAACUUGCAUUUAGUUCCAAUUGCUUUUAACACAAAUUAAUGACCAACAUCAUAUCAUCAUGUCUAUAGAUUUGAUGUCAAUAUAUAAUUACCCAUAUUUUUCCUUUAGUUUUCUGCUAUAAGAAAAAAGUGACACUUAUAAAGUUGUAUGUAGAUUUGAUAUAAAAAAAAAAGUA